AGCCCUGGAGGGACAUUUAUUAUUUAAUAAUUAUUACUUAUUACUUAAAACCAAUAAUCAUUAUUUAGCACAUAUACCCCGUUAUUUAUAAUUUAUUACUUAUUACUUAUUACCUAUUAUCUAUAACUUAUUAUCUGCCAGUGGCGGGAAAUAAUGAACACAUGGUGCAAAAUAGAUGUCAAAAAGUUCACUUCUGUGAAAAGUUACAUUGUUACGCAGCACAAGACAAAAACCAGUAACAGAGGGUCAGAUGGAAAUGCUUUGGAGUGCAAGGGUUGUACUGUUCUCAACAAUUCUGAUAAGCCAUGCAGGAGCUGUUGUACCUCAUAAAACACCACCAGUGAAUCAAAAUAAACAGUCUAGACUAAACUUGGUGAAAGAAUAUUUCAGGGAUGGUUUUUAAGUACUUUGAAAUCGUUCUUCUUUUAUUUUCUCAACACAAUAUUAAAAUCAGCAUACGGCACUUGAAGCAAAUACUGAAGGCGAAUAAUUUAUGCCGCCGAGGAGAUGUUCUUACCGCAAAAGAUGACGUUAUUAAAGAAUUGAUAGAGAAAGAACUUCAGUAUAGUGGAAUUGUAUCGACUAUAGAAGUAUGUGGCGUCGUUUAAUGUACGACUAUAAAUUAAAAGUUAAGAGGCAUGAUGUAAUGCGGUUAAUGAGAGAAAUAGAUCCUGAAGGGGUACGCUUGAGAAAGGCCCACAGGCUAAUUAGAAGGAAAUAUUGUGCACAAGGCCCAAAUUAUAUUUGGCACGUUGACGGAUACGACAAACUUAAACAAUUUGGUUUGUGUAUUCAUGCAGCAAUAGACGGGUAUAGUCGUAGAAUUACCUGGUUAGAAGUUGGGGCAAGUAAUAACGAUCCAAAAUGCAUCGCUGAUUAUUAUAUUGAAUCGAUUAAGACUUUAAAACUUGUCCCUCGUAUUGUAAGAGCUGACUGUGGCACUGAAAACACACACAUCAGUUUUCUACAACCCUUACUUCGACGAAACCACAAUGAUUCAAUGUUUGGAACCAAGAGCUUUAUGUUUGGGAGAAGUACCUCGAACCAACGAAUCGAAGCCUGGUGGAGCUACCUGCGACGUCAAGGAAUACACUGGUGGAUAAAUAAACUGAAAGAUUUGCGAGAUACUGGCGAAUUUAAUGCACUUAAUCCGAUACAUAUAGAGUGUGUCUGUUUUUGCCUUAUGGAUGUUCUGCAAGCAGAACUAGACCGUAUUGCAAAACACUGGAAUUUACACAAUAUCCGACCUCAGAAAAGUGUAAACGAACUUCCUUCUGGUAAGCCAGAUAUAUUAUUUUACGUUCCAGAAUUAUUUGGUGGAUUCGAAAUGGGGAAAAGUGUUGACGAUAUUGAACUAAAUCUUUGCCAAGAAAUGUAUGCUACCCCCAAACAAAAAGAGAGAGCAGAAUUCCAUGAACUGGCAUACCUUCUUAAGCCAAAUCUACAGAUCCCGUGUAAUGCAAAUGAUGGUUUAAAGUUAUAUGAAGAAUUGAUAUGCCUUUACGAUCAAGAAUGUGACUAGCAUAUGCGCAUGAACAGUAGCAUACUGAACAUAUACAUAUAUAUAUACGAAUAAUUGCAUAAAUGUCUUUUGAUAAUUUAAAAUAAAGUUGUGAUAUAUUCAAUAACUUGAGUAUUAAAUGGACACAAUUUUUUUGCUUAACAUUACUUCUUUACAGCCUCUUAAAUACUAUAAUUUUCACUUUAGUC